AUGAACCGGAAAAGGGGCGAGAAAGAGAGAAGAAAAUUGAAGAUUGGAAGCAGUAAAAGCCUUGAUAAAUAUGAAAAGGAAAUGUCCAUAAAGGACAAACAAAGGUGUAAGGAAAGCAACAAAAAGAAGGGCCAACAAGGAAAAGACAGAAGGCUAAAAACAGUGCCUGAUCCCACACUCCUUGACUAG